GAUCAGCUGAGUCCCAAGUGGGACUGCGUCCUGGGCUCCAAGGGCCUGGAGGACAAGGAGGGCCCAUGGGGAGGAGGCUCGGGCCUGCCACCCCCAGACUACUUCCCUGGCUCCUGGCGCCUCGACGUGGGCCUGGACUGCAAGGGCUCCCCCGAAGGGGCAGAGGCCCGGGCCUGGACUGCCUACUACUACAGCCUCCUGCAGAGCUGCCUGCAGCAAGCUGGCCUUCCGGAGACCCAGGACCGCAGCCAGGUGCCCCGCACAGGCUGCCCUGGGGCAGAGGUGACCCUGUGCAUUCUGGGAUCCCCCAGCACCUUUCUGUCUGUGCUGCUGGAGGGUGGGGUCCAGAGUCCCGGAAACAUGCUGCUUUGCCUGUCCCCUGCGUGGCUGACAAAGGUGCCGGCACCGGGGCGGCCGGGAGAGGCGGCCCUGCUGGUUUCCAAGGCAGUGAGCUUCCAUCCGGGGGGCCUGAGCUUCCUGGAUGACUUUGUCCCCCAGCGCCAAGCCACCUACUUCCUGGUGGGCCUGGGACCGGGGCCCGGCCAGGGGAGGGAAGCAGCUGAGCUCGCUCGCGACCUCACCUGCCCUACAGGAGCCUCAGCAGAGCUGGCCCGGCUGCUGGAGGACCGGCUGCUGACAAGGCACUUGCUGGCCCAGCGAGGUGGCGUGGCUGUGCCAGCUACCCUGGCUUUCGCCUACAAGCCGCCCGCGCUGCUUCGGGGAGGGGCUGGCAGCCCGGGGCUGCGGCUGGUGGAGCUGAGUGGCAGAGAGGGCCAGGAGACGCUGGUGAAGGAGGAAGUGGGGGCCUUUCUGCACUCGGAGGCCCUGGGUGAUGCCCUGCAGGUGGCCAUCAAGCUCAGCAGCUGGCGCUGGCGGGGGCAGCAGGCACUACGUCUGCACCCACGAGCCCACGUGGGCACAGUGGCGGACACAGUGGUGGCAUUGCUGGAGAAACUGGAGGAGGAGGAGAGUGUCCUGGUGGAGGCUGUGUGCCCACCUGCCCGGCUGCCCUCCCCAGGAAACGGCCCGCCAGGUCCGGAGCUGGCUAUGCGGAUCUGUGCUGUGGUGUGCCGGACACAGGGUGACAGGCCCCUGCUGAGCAAGGUGGUGUGCGCGGUGGGCCGCGGGAACCGGCCUCUCCGGCACCAGAACUCUCUGCCGCGCACGCUGGAGGUGGCGCUGGCCCAGUGCGGCCUGGGUGAGGCGGCGCAGGUGGCGGCCGUGCGGCGGAGCGUCAAGACGGCCGCCGAGGCUGCGCUGGCCGCUGUGCUGGCCCUGGAAGCCGGUUUGAGCGUUGAGCAGCGCGGCGGGCGCCUGGCCGGCACGGACUUCCUCGGCGUGGACUUCGCGCUGACGGCGGCGGGUGGCGCGCUCACCCCGGUGGCUCUGGAGCUGAACAGCGGCCUGUGCCUGGAGGCGUGCGGUGCGCUCGAGGGGCUCUGGGCUGCCCCGCGCUCGGGGCCGGCGACCGAGGAGGCGGUGGCAGCCGCACCGCUGGUGGAGACCAUGCUGCGGCGCUCGGCGCGCUGCCUGAUGGAGGGCAAGCAGCUGCUGGUGGUCGGCGGGGGCAGUGUCAGCAAGAAGUUCGUGUGGGAGGCGGCGCGCGACUACGGGCUCAAGCUGCACCUGGUGGAGUCAGACCCCAACCACUUCGCAUCCCAGCUGGUGCAGACCUUCAUCCACUUCGACGUGACGGAGCACCGGAGGGAUGAGGAGAAUGCGCGGCUGCUGGCGGAGUUGGUGCGGGCACGUGGCCUGCAGCUGGAUGGCUGCUUCUCCUACUGGGAUGACUGCCUGGUGCUCACAGCCUUGCUCUGCCAGGAGCUGGGGCUGCCCUGCAGCCCCCCGGCUGCCAUGCGCCUGGCCAAGCAGAAGAGCCGCACCCAGCUGCACCUGCUGCGAUGCCAAGGCCCGCCCUGGCCCUCGCCCUCCCUCCAUGCUGUGCCUUGCUGCCCCCUGGAGAGUGAGGCUGACGUGGAGAGGGCUGUCCGCCAGGUGCCCCUGCCAGGGGUCAUGAAGCUGGAGUUUGGAGCGGGCGCAGUGGGCGUGCGGCUGGUGGAGGAUGCGCUGCAGUGCCACCAGCACUUUUCACGCAUCGCCCAUGACCUACAGGGUGAGGCCGACCACCCGGGCAUUGGGCUGGGCUGGGGCAACUCCAUGCUGCUGAUGGAGUUCAUCGAGGGCACUGAGCACGACGUGGACCUGGUGCUGUUCCGUGGGAAGCUGCUGGCUGCCUUUGUCUCUGACAAUGGCCCCACGCGGCUGCCUGGCUUCACUGAGACGGCGGCCUGCAUGCCCAGCGGGCUGGCUCCGGAGCAGGAGGCGCAGCUGGUGCAGGCGGCCUUCCGCUGCUGCCUGGGCUGCGGGCUGCUGGAUGGGGUUUUCAACGUAGAGCUCAAGCUGACUGGGGCCGGGCCUCGGCUCAUCGAGAUCAACCCCCGCAUGGGUGGCUUCUACCUUCGAGACUGGAUCCUGGAGCUCUACGGUGUGGACCUGCUGCUGGCCGCUGCUAUGGUGGCCUGUGGCCUGCGACCUGCCGUGCCCCCGCACCCACGGGCCAGUGGCUACCUGGUGGGUGUCACUGGCCUAGUGUCCCAGCACCUGCAGGUGCUGCGUUCCACGGCCAGCCAGGAGGCUCUGCAGGCUCUUCACGACCGGGGCCUGGUGCGCUUCAAUCAGUUUACAUCUUUAGAGGAGGCCCAGGUGCCUGGCGAGUAUGAGGAGCCCUACUGCAGUGUGGCCUGUGCUGGGCCCAGCCCCGCCGAGGCCCGCCUCCGCCUGCUGGGACUCUGCCAGGGCCUGGGCAUCGAUGGGCCCCACUACCCCGUUGCCCACUUCCUGUCCCACUUCAAAUAGCACUGGUGUCAGGGGGCAGGGCCAGAGUGCUGGAGGGGUGCGGUGCUGCCUUCAGCUUCCUGAUACUCUCCCUGCCUCUCUACCCCUAGCCCUGUCCCAGCCCUGGCCUGGCCCACUCCUAGGCCUCAGCUCCAUUCCAGAGUGGCGGCCAUUUUGACACCAAGGCCUCCUGGGAUUAAGGGCCAUAAAAGAUAGCAACUGGGGGGCCGUUGGGCCCUCUUGCCCUCCCAAAGGCCCAGUCCAGGCCACAGCUGCCCCCGGACUCUUGCCAUGGAGAAAGGACAACAGCUGCGUGUGCGUGCAUGCACACACACACACACACCACCCCCAGGGAGGUGGGAGUGUGCCCAAACCUAGCCCAGCCUGCCACCCCUCCAAGCAUCCCUCCCCUCCUGCCAUCUACAGGAGAGAACCUGGCAGGCCCUGGCCUUGGGCAAAUCCCAACAAAACCUGAGACUAAACACCCUGUGCUCUUACUCUCACCCUCUCACUUAACGAAUUCCAGGACAGUUGUAGAGCCUGCUGACAACUUCUGGCAAGGCUGCACCUGCCUCAUCUGACCUGAGCAGGUGGCCCGAGGUCAGCAGUUACCAUCUCCCCUCCAGGUAGACAUGAUUGACCCGUUAGACAAGGAAAGAGGCUCAAAGAGGAAAAACCAUGGCCUGAAGGUCAUAUCACAGCGGGUGGAAUGUCGAGGGACAAGGUGUAGGGUCCAGGUGCCUGCUUUUACUGUCUUACAUGCCCACUCAGUUUCUAGGCCUUGCUAACCUCCCUGCCCUGAUUCAUAUGUGGCCCUGGCACAUAUGAAUAGCCCCUCAUGCAUCAUGUAUCUUCACCAAGCUUAGGUGCUUUGGCCGCUGGUACACCUAACUAGCAUUGGCAGAGGAGUCUCACUCCUUAACUCAGGGGAGACUGCUUUAAGAACUCCUGUGUGCUCAGCAUAGGAGCUAUGGACAGCUCCACAAGCAUCCCUCCCCAAAUAAAGGCUUAAGGACUACUUAAAGGUCCAGGGUCUGCGAUAGGUUCUUGCGACUUGGACAGCAUUGCUCAGGCUCAGCUCUAUGGGGAAGGGAGAA